GGGCGGCAGCGGCGUUCCCCGGCAGCGCUCAGCGGCCGCGCUCGCCGGCAGCAUGGGCAGCUCUUCCUCCAGCCUGCUGGACGAGAGCAAGUGCACCUACAUCCGAGGAAAAACAGAGGCUGUCAUCAAAAACUUCAGCCCACACUACAGGCGCCAGUAUGUGGUGGCUUUCUGCAAGCACGUACAGGAUGAGCUGGAGCAGCACAGAGACUCCCAGUCCAGGUUCCUCAAAACCAAGCCCCCACUGGAAGCUGGCACUGUCUUAUAUGAAGCAGAGCUGCUGCAUUUUGCUGAGGACCUGAAGAAGUGGAAAGACAGAUAUGUUGUUAUCAAAAAUGACUACACUGUGGAUUGCUUUGAGACUAAAGAGGCCUACCAGAAAGGAGCCAGCCCUAAAUAUCAUGUUCUUCCUGCAGGAGGCAAAGUGCUGACUUCAGAAGAAGAUUACAAUUUGCUGUCUGAUAAACAUUUCCCAGAUCCUGUUGGGUCAAGUGAGAAGGAGGUGUCUCAAGGCUUCGUUCAGCUGCCCAAGGAGUUCCCUGUGUACCUGUGGCAGCCCUUUGCCCGGCACAGCUACUAUUGCUUCCCAGAGGCAGAAGCUCAAAGGCACUUCAGCGCCGUGCUGGGGGACUGCGUGAGACACGCAAACCAUGAUUUUCUCAAGCAGACCACGUAUGAAGUGGAGGCAUUCCUAGAAGCCAUUCAGUUCUUCCGGCAGGAGAAAGGCCACUAUGGGACAUGGGAAAUGAUAACAGGCAAUGAAAAAGAGAUCCUGAGCAACCUUGUGAUGGAAGAACUCUUGCCUAACCUUCAGACAAUGAUCCUGCCUAAAAUGAAAGGCAAGAGGAACGACAGGAAGCGUGCCUGGUUUGGUAUUGUAGAAGAAACUUAUGGCCUAGUCCAGCAGCAGGUGUCAGAAGGAUUAAGUACCUUGAAAGAAGAAUGCAGAGAGUUUGCAAAGACUCUUGAAGGAACCAUUCGUUCAGACAUGGAUCAGAUUCUGAACUCCAAGAACUUCUUAGCUGGGAAAAUCAAAGCCACUGUUUCUGAGCCUGCCCAGAAGUGCUGCACAGAAAACAUCCAGCCAUUUCUCACAUCCAUAUUAGAGGAGCUCAUGGGUCCAGUGAGUUCUGGAUUCACUGAAGUGCGCUCCCUUUUUGAUAAAGAGGUUAACGAAAUCAUCCAGGACUUCCAGAAGACAAAUGAUAUGACUAAGCUAAAGGAGAAUGUGGAUCAGCUGAUGAAUCUACCAUUCAGCUCUGUGAAAAUGGAGCCUUGCUAUCUGAAAGUAAACCUCCUCCAGGAGCUCCUUCAAGACCUCAAGAGUCGCUUCAAGGUGUAUCACAUUGACUUUGUGAUUCAGAGGACCCAGAACUUCAUGCAAGAGCUGAUGGAAAAUGCAGUUUAUACUUUUGAGCAGCUGUUUUCUCCAAGUCGCCAGGCAGACUCAGCCAAAGUUGCAACAACCAUUGAAAAAGUCAAGCUGAGAGUACUGAAGCAAUACGAUUAUGACAGCAGCACUAUCCGGAAGAAGAUCUUUCAAGAAGCACUGGUCCAGAUUACCUUGCCCACCAUGCAGAAGACACUGGCUUCAACAUGCAAACCAGAGCUGCAGAAGUAUGAGCAGUUCAUUUUUGCUGACUACACUAAUAUGAUCCAAGUGGAGAAUGUGUAUGAAGAGAUUUUGUAUCAAACACUGCUUGAGGAAGCCCUGAAAGUGAUUAAAGAGGCUGCCAUUCUGAAGAAGCACAACCUCUUUGAAGAUAACUUGAAUUUGCCCUGUGAAAGCGUGUCCAGCUUAACAGACCUGAAGACUCCUUCAGGAUCAGCCCAGACCACUCCUGCAAAGAAGCCUUCCAUUGCUCGGGCUGAGGCAUCAGACACUGAGACACAAAGUGAUGAAACUCUUGUCGUGACAGAAAAGAUUUCCUGGGAGAAGGAUGCUGAUGAUAGGAAGUCACCAGACAAAGAGGCAGUCAAUUCUGUUCAUGUGGCAAGCAAAAGGGAAGAAGUGCUGGUUACAGACAUGGCUCAAAACCAAGAGUCCCUUUCAUCUACCUUCACAAAACAAGAAACUGCAGAGGAAAGAAGUGCUGUGGAGAAUGAAGAUGUGGGGAAAGCAGAGUGUGUAGUGAACACUGAGGAGGAGCUUAAGACACAACAGGAAGCUGUGGAGGUAAAAGUUGGUCCUGAGACUGAAACAGCAGUGAGAGAUUUUGGAGCUAGACCUAAAAAAGAACUUGAGGUAGAUGAAAGAGCAGUGGAGGAAAAGGUAACUUCUGAGAGUCAGGUGGCAGUAGCUGCUGGGUUUUGCAGUGGCACUGAAAAAGACAGCAAAGCACAGGAAGAAGGUGCUGAAAUAAAGCUCAUUUCCCCAUGUGAUAAUGCAGCAGAAGCAGAGAUUUUAGGGAAUGCUGAGAAGAAAAUCGAGGGAGAAAAAGAAAUUAUGGAAGAAUCACAUCUGAGUGAAAAUGCAGCAGGAAGGUUUGAAGAGGAUAGUAAAAAAGCAAGCAAUGACCAAGGAGCGAGUACUGAGACAAGGGUAACUUCCCAGGAUGAAAAGACUGGGAAAGGAGGGUUUGAUGAUAAACCUGGAAAAGAAAGCAAGUCAGAAGAAAAGAGCUGUAAACCCCUUGAUGAUGUGAACGAGAUAAGGAGUUUGCUGAUGGUAGCGGUUGAGAUACCAGCAGAUACUCCAACUGAGAACAUAAAGGAGACUUGUGAAGGUGAGAUGUUAAAGUUGCAGGAUCACAGUAAAGGGAACAAGGAGAUGAACAAAAUGGCUGUGGCAGAAAUUCAAGUGAGCCAGACAAUGGUGGAUAAAGAUGCAGCAGAAUGUGCGAAGUUCAAGGAGGACCAACUAUCUUCAUCUUGUUUGGGGACAGAUGGUAUGAACAUAGUGAAUGUGUCCAAGGGGCCCUGCUAUACUGGCCAAGCAGAAUGGCUGGUGGAAGGCUCAACUAUGCCUCAGGGGACACAGGCAGAGGGGGAGAUGAAGCAAAGCAUCUGGUACACGGGUGUGGGAAGCUGUGAAAGCAACCAACUGCAGCCAGAGGAACACGCUGAAAAUGUGUCUGAAGGCAAAAGAUUAGAUGAGGAGGAAGCAGGAACAGGGAAUGGCCAGGCUGUCCUGGUGGAGGUAGGGACUGAGAGCUUGCUUCAUAACCCUGAUGACAAUGCAAGCACAGCACAAGUGCCCAUUCUGGAUAUGGAAAACCCAAGCACAGGACUGAUGGAUGUGCUGGUUUCUGUGGUGCCAGAGCAGGGCGAGGUUAGCUCCAGAGACAUCAUAAAAGAAACACAGGCUGGUGAGGGUGAAGGGAAGCCAGAAGAUGACUCAGCCUCACUCACAGAAAUAACAAGUACAGAAGUAAAAGGUAUUUUCACAGAAGAGAACAGAGAAGAUAGUCAUGUACAACAAAACUCUGAAGAAUAAGAAGCAUUCAUCAGCCCAGCCCUGCAUGAUUUCUUUAUCCCAGUAAUCCAUGUUUAAUCGUGAAUACUUAAUUGGGUUGGGGCUAGAGGAAAUGGGCUUUGUGGUGGUGUUACCAGCUCUUGCAGUUUCAGCAUGGAUCCCUUCCCCAUGGAGAAAGGUUUCUCCUUGGUUAAAGCCCUCACUGUUCAAAAGCAGGUUAUUGCUGGGGAAUCUCAUCAUUCACCUAAAAUUUGCCACCUUUUACAUGUCUAGAAAAAGCCUGAGAGCGUGACCACUGAACACUUGAAAAGCAGCUCAUCCCCAGCUAGAAAGUGACUUGAACAGCUUAAGUGUUCUUAGGUUCUGGAGCAGGGGAAUAGCUCCUGGGUUUUAAAUGGAUGGAUUUGACAAGCACUGCCAUGAUUCUUAGGUGGCUGGUACAUACAUUGCUAUCCCAGGGUGCUUUUAGUAUGUGCAUGCAGUCUAUGGGAAAUCAACACAACUUGCAGUAGUUAAACAGAAACAAAUAGUUAAGUUAGUAGGUUGCUCAUACACCACACUCUAUCCCAACUCUGCAAACUGAUGACUUAAUUAUUUUAAUGUUUUGAUGGCGAUUAAAGUCAAGCAAGUAUCCUGGUGGUUAUUCUUUUCUCUUAUUGCUAUAUUUAAAAUGGAGAAAAAAUAUGGGAGCAGGUUUCUCAGUCCCACUCUGCACUUCUGGGUGAUUUAACCUUCCAGUGCACUUUACAGCUAUUUUAUUUUGUUUUAUUUUAUGGAAGGGAGAGACGAGAAUGUUUACAAUAACUGUCAACCAUUAGGCAGCAUCUUUCUGUUUUCCUUCCCCCCAUCAAAUAGAUUCAUGAGGGCUAUCUAACAGAGUAUUGAGAGUCCUGCCAUUCCCAUUCCCAUGACUGAGAGAGCCCUGCCAUUUCCAUGACUGAGUUGCCCAGCUCCAGAGGCCUUGUUUGGUGUGGAAAUUACAUAAAAACUGCAAUUAUUGUGAAAUAUCAUCAUAAUUGCAUAUAAUUCCUAAUACAAAUGUUAACAAGCAAAAAGCAGCCAAAGGUUACUCACAGAUGCUUAGAUUUUGAGGGCAGGAUCACAUUUCAAAAGCAGUUACUAACAAGAGAGCUAUUGCUUUCAGAGCUGGCAUAUUAUCACCUGUAUCCAGCCAUGAUCUAUGCCCAGGGUUGCUUAGAUACAUUAUUUGCAUGCACAAUUUACAGACUGUGCCCAGGAAAACUUGGAAAUGAAACCAAAUAUUUUAAUAAAUUGGGCUUUAGAGCUCAAGACCUCACUUCAAAUACUGGUUUAAGGCACCUUAAAAAUCUGACCUGGUGUUUCAGACUGUUUCUGAAUAAAUAUAAUACAGGGCAG